AUGGGAAUACAAAACUACUUUUUGAAGUAUGUUAAAGCUACUUACAUCACUAGGAGGAGAUGUGAAAUGAGGAAGACUAUAGAAAAUUUGAAGAACAAUAUUUAUACAUACAAUAAUUACAGCUGUAAAAAUAUUUUAUAUCACAUGAGUGAAGAAGAUGCAAAUGAUGCAAGCACACAUUAUAGCGUUAAAAUAGAUGAGAAUGUUGAAAAAAUUAUGAAUUUUAUGAACCCCUAUCACUUUCCUAAGAGCAGAAAAGCUGCGAUGAAUUGGACAUGUGGAACUAGCAACAAAAAGGAGGAUCAAGAUGGAGACCACGAAAGGGGAACAAUUUCAAAUGGGUUCGAUGAAAAUGUGUCAAAUGACUUUCAGGAAAACAGAACGGAUACAUAUGAAGAAGAGAGAAACAGGCGAAAGAAUGAUAAUGUGUAUAUUUUAAAAUAUCGAAUGAAUCAUAUUGUUGGCAAAAGAGGCAAAAGAGAACAAUACAGAUACACAUAUUUGAAAUCCCCCUUUAAAUAUAAAUAUGCAUUAAGACAUUACGUUUUUGAAAAAUAUAAAUAUCAUUUUUAUUUUUAUAAUAUAACGCAUUUUAACAUUCAUAUAAUUUUUAAUAUUAUUUUAUCUUCCAUGACUAGCCAAACUUCAGUCAAAUGUAACAUCCAUUGGUUUUAUCCUGGAAAAUAUUUAUUAGAAUCUGAAUUUUUAAGGAAGUGUUUUCAUACUUUAAUCGAAAAAGGGUACAAUGACCAGGAGGAGAAUUGUGCACUAAAUUUCCAUGUACACAAUAAUAUAGAAGAAGCACACAAUUUUGUAGAGAAAGAAGACGGGAUGUUACCCUGCAAUAAGUUCGACAUCAAUUUAGAUUUAACAAAAUACAACAUACAAAAUUUGCUACCUAUAUUUUUUCAAAAUAAAUUGUUCAGUCAAAAUUAUAAAAAUAUAUUUUUAUUAGAAGAGAAAUGUUUCAAACAAAUAAAAAGAAAAAUCAGAAAAAAAAAUUUACACUGGUUUUUGAACAAAAAUUCAUGUGUUUAG